AUGGACAUUCUCCUCCAACAAAUGGCCGGGCAAACGACCGCAUGUCCCGAUGGCGCCUCUUCUACCACAUCUAAUACUGCCGGGGCCUCUGCUACCGGCUUGCCCGUAACUGGCCAGAUGGUUCUUCUGGACAUGUUCUUCCCCGGCUUCUCAACCUUCUCGGCCUUUAUCCAGAAAAACCUCAACAUCGACCUUAACCUGUACAUCCCGCUCGUCCUAAUAUGCGGCGCCCUCACGUUCGUCUGGCAGUACUUUAGCACAUACUGCUGGGACGUGAUCGACAGCUACCUGAUGUCCGUCGUGGACGUGCGCACCGACGACGAGAUCUACAACAUGCUGAUGGGCUGGGUGGCCGCGCAGAAGUUUGCCCAGGGGGCGCGCCGUUUCGUCGUCAACACGAACCUGAACUCACGCGUCUGGUGGCUGUGGCGGUUCGAUUACGACGACGAGGAGGAGGAGGACGGGACCGAGGAAGGGUAUGCCCACCAGACCGACAAGGGCAAAAAGAAGGCGUUAGCGUACACCCCCACGUUUGGCAGCCACUGGUUCUGGUACAAGGGCCGACUGCUGUGCUUCCACCGGCAACAGGGCCGAGAGGUUGGCGGAUAUUCGCUAUCUAGCGAAAAGGAGGAGAUUUCCAUCAAGUGCUUUGGCAGAAACCCCUGGAUCCUCAAGGAGCUCCUGCUCGAGGCAAGACAGGUGUACAUGAAGCGCGACGAAGCUAAGACGCUCAUCUACCGCGGAACGACCAAAGGAAGCGGCAGCGAGCCCACCUGGCAGCGAUGCAUGGCGCGCACCUCGCGGCCUUUUUCGACUGUCAUCCUGAACGAGAAGGUCAAAAAGGAGCUGAUCGAUGACGUGACGGAUUACCUCAACCCGGCCACGCGCAGAUGGUACGCCAACCGCGGCAUCCCUUACCGCAGGGGCUACCUCCUCCAUGGUCCUCCGGGAACGGGCAAGUCCUCGUUGAGUUUGGCGCUGGCUGGUUUUUUCAAGAUGAGGAUUUACAUCGUCAGCUUGUCUUCCAUCGCUGCCAACGAGGAGAAUCUCGCCUCUCUGUUUUCUGAACUUCCGCGUCGGUGCGUUGUUUUGCUAGAGGAUAUCGACACCGCCGGCCUUACUCACACGCGCGAAGACGGCAAGGUCGUUGCAGUCGAUCCGGGCAGCGGCAGCGCUGAUAUGGUUCCCGGUCAACUAACCCCUGGUGACGGCACCACCACCACCCCCGCCCCCAGCGGCCGCCUCUCCCUCUCCGGUCUCCUCAAUAUCCUCGAUGGCGUCGCCUCCCAAGAGGGCCGCGUCCUCAUCAUGACCACCAACCACCUCGAGAAGCUGGACAAAGCCCUGAUCCGUCCCGGACGCGUCGAUAUGAUCGUCGAGUUCGGGCGUGCGGAUAAGGAGAUGACGGCUGCGAUUUUCCGAGCGAUUUUUGCUCCGCUUGAGGGCGACGAGGUUGGCACACCACCUUCUGAUUCUGAUUGCGUUUCGACCCUGUCUUCUCCCAAAGUAGAUCCAGCAGCAGCCGAAGAGCAGAAGAAAACCGACGAAGCCCGUCGCGAAUCGGAGCGCGACGAGGCCACUCUCAAAGUCGUCGAGCUAGCCUCCCAGUUUGCCAAAAAGAUUCCCGCGCACGAGUUCUCUCCGGCCGAGAUCCAGGGCUUCUUGCUCAAACACAAGCGGAACGCGCAGGGGGCGGUGGAGGGCGCAGAGCAGUGGGUUGUGGAAGCGAGGAGGGAGAAGAUGGAGAAGGAGCUGAGGGAGGCGAGGGAGAAGAGGGAGAGGGAGGAGAAGGAGGCUAAGGAGAAGGUUGAAAAGGAGAAGGCCGAAAAGGAGGGGACAAAAGAAAAGGGGAAUGAGAAGAAAGACGAGAAGGAGACGGAAGAGGAGAGGGGAAAAAGACGGAAAAGAAAAAGAACAAGCCAAAAAGGAUCGUCGAGGAAGUCAAGAAGACACGACGACUCUGACUCGUCCGAUUCGUCGUCAUCAUCUUCUGAUUCUGAUUCUUCUUUGUCCGACGAAUCCGAAUCAGAAUCAGAACCGGAAAUCAUCAUCAAGGAAAAGAAAUCCAAGAGGAAACAAUCGAAGAAGGAGACAACGACAACGCCACCUGUACUCGUCAAAGAGGAUACCGUCAAGGUUCAUGUUGUUCCCGUCAAGGAGGACCUUCCUGAGACCACCCCGAAAAACAAUACCGAAGAUGUGGCGACCACCGAAGCCGUGGAACUGAAGGGUCUUGAUGUUCUGCCUCAGAUCUCGGUAACAGAAGUGAAGGAAGUGACGGCGACGGGACCGGGAUCGGAAGAUGGGAAAGAUUCCGGGUAUGGAACGCCCUAG